GUAUUUAGCCACCACACCCAUCUCACACUCCACUGAAGGGAUUGUUCUGCACAUCAUCGCAGCUCUGUUGCUCACCAAGGAAUUUCAAGAUGUCUCUGAUUUCUGAGUUUCUGGGUCAGCUGACUUUGACACUGGGUGGUGGAGAGACCACCUACCCUACAGUGGUCCCAGAUCCUAACUUUGAUCCCGAUAAAGAUGCUGCAAGAAUCGAGACCGCCAUCAAAACUAAAGGGGUAGAUGAGCAUACCAUAAUCGAUAUCCUCACUAAACGGAUAUACAGCCAGAGGCGAGAGAUUGCUUUUGCAUAUGAGAAGAGAGCCAAGAAGGAUAUGAUCACAGCUCUUAAAGCAGCGCUGUCUGGUCCACUGGAGACUGUUAUUCUUGGUCUCAUGAAGAGCACCUCCCAGUACGACGCCACCGAGAUCAAAGCAUCCAUCAAGGGUCUGGGAACAGAUGAGGAGUCUUUAAUCGAGAUUCUCUGCUCUCGAAGCAAUGCUGAGCUCCUAGAGAUUAAGAAAGUCUACAAGGAACUGUUCAAGAAGGACCUGGAUAAAGAUGUGGCUGGAGACACGUCCGGAGAUUUCGGGAAACUUCUGCUGGCUCUGGUUUCGACCAAGAGAGAUGAACCCAGCUCAGUUGUGGACUACCAGAAAAUCGACGAGGACGCCAGAGCCCUGUAUGAUGCUGGUGUCAAAAUAAAAGGCACUGAUGUGAAGACCUGGAUCUCCAUCAUGUCACAGAGAAGUGUUCCCCACCUCCAGAAAGUGUUUGAGAGAUACAAGAGCUACAGCCCAUAUGACAUGCAGGAGAGCAUACGCAAGGAGGUGAAAGGAGAUCUGGAGAAGUCUUUCCUCACGUUGGUUCAGUGCUUUGAAAACAAACAGCUCUACUUUGCCAACAGACUGCAAGACGCUAUGAAGAGCAAAGGAGCGAAGGAAAAGGUUGUGACCCGCAUCAUGGUGUCUCGAUGUGAGGUGGACCUGAAGAAAAUAAGACAAGAGUUUAAGGCUCACCAUGGAAAGUCUUUGCAUCAUACCAUUACUGAACACACAAAGGGAGACUACCAGAAGGCCCUUUUGAGUCUCUGUGCAGGAGACGAUUAAAAUAAACUCCUGCAGACUCCAGGAAGGACCACGAGAAUGACUGGAGUUCAGCACAGAAAUCUAUGUCUUUGACCUUGAUAUAGUCCCUUAGUCCCUGCAGUUUUAGAGACUGUGCCGUUUUUGUUUAAAGGCUCUUUAGUUUUAACAGCUGACUGAAAGUGAACCAAUACUGGUGCUUGUUAUUGCAAUAUAUAUACACAUCUGCACUCUUCUGGGCAGAAAUUAGUACUUUUAUUGCAUUUUGUAUACUAAGAAAUAAAGACGUAACUUUU